UUCCCAUCGUAAGUGUACAUACAUGUGUAAAUCUCCCACCCUAAUAUAUAAUUUUUCAUAAAAUAGAAAAAAAAAAAAACGCGACAUCUAUUCGCGAAUCGAAUAUCGCGAGGCUUGCAACCUGUAUGCCAAGUUUAACAAUUUUUUUACAUGGUGUGGUUUUUUUUUUUUAUCAACAAUUAUUAAACAUAUUUAUUAUCAAUUAUUUAAACAAUAAUAAUCAUUAAUAAUAUAUUUAUUUAAUAAAACAUUUAGUCAUUAUACAACAGUAAUAAUAAACGUGUCAUUUAAUACAAAAAUUCAGUGAACAUUAUAAAAGGAGAAAAAAAAAAAAAAAAAAACACCAGUAGAUUAAUAAAUUACAAAAAAAAAAAAAAAAAUUAUUUUUGUGUGUGUACGUGUGUGUGUUUGUAGAUAAAAUAUAUAUUUUUGAUAUUUUUUUUUUCGUUUUUAAUUUUUUUUUUUUUUUUUUUUUAAUUUAUUUAUUUUAGCAAUAUAAAAAGUGAAUAAAGUGUUGAUAUAAAAAGAGAAGGGUGGUGAUAUAUAAAAUAGAGUUUCCUUGAAAAAAAAGACAGAAAUAACAAGAGUGACAAAGAUAGAGAAAGAGAGAAAGAGAGAGAGAAAAAUAUAUAUUUUUCAGUUGGUAAAGGAGAGAGUAAAAACCGAGUAAAUUUGCGUGAAAAAAAAAACCAAAAAAAAGAAAUAAGUGGUCAAAUUUUUAUUUCCAUUAUUAUUAAUAUUGUCGUGUGUAAUAAUAAUAAUAAUACAACAAAAAAGGAAAAAAAAAAAAUUAGCAAAAACGAGUUGGAAAAAGUGAGAUAAAAAUAUUAUAGCAAAAAGAGAGAGCAAGAGAGCGGAAGGAAAAAGAAAAAGAAAAAGAUAAUUAAAAAUAAUAUAUAUUUCAAUAACUAAAAGCAAUAAAUAAAUAUACAUAUAUAAUAUUUAUUAAAUCAAGUGGAAAAUUACAAACACACACAGUAAAAAGAAAGUCAAAAAGUUUUAGAAAAAAAAAAAAAAAGAAGAAAUAUAUUAUAAUAAUACCGCACGAUUGUAGGUGUGCGUUUAAUGGAUCCUACAAUCGGUUGGUAUCAACCCGAGCAAUCAGGUCCUGCACACAAAUUGUGGCUUAAUAUUUGGGAAGCUGAAAAGGGUAUUGAUAUAUUAACACUUAAAAACGAUAAUAAUAAUAGUGGUUUAUUUAGUAUUGGUUGUAAUAAUAAUAUAAAUACAAUUAAUAAUAAUAAUAAUAAUAUAACAACAACAUCAACAACAACUGGAACAUCAACAACAACGUCAACUUCAAUAAACACAAUGAAUAAUAAAAUUCAACAAAAUCAAGAUUAUAUACCAAUUGAUAAUAAUAAUUAUCGUAUUAUUGAUGAACAACAACAACAACAACAACAACAACAACGACAAUAUAUUAAUCGUCAUUAUCAACAACAAAAUAGUAUAUGUAGUAAUAUUUAUUAUAAUCCAUCAAAAAGGAAACCUGAUAAUCGUGCAAGUACAUACGGCAUGAAUUAUAAUUAUGAUGUACUUAUUGGUGAAUAUGGUGGAUGUCCUUGGCGUCCACCAAAUCGUACUUAUACCAAAGGAAUUGUUGGAUUACACGAAGAAAUAUUGGAUUUUUAUGCAUACAUGUGUCCAUCAAGAGAAGAGCACAAUAUGAGAGUUCGUGUUGUCAAGAGAAUAGAACAAGUUAUUUAUGACCUCUGGCCUGAUUCAAAGGUCGAAGUUUUUGGAAGUUUUAGAACUGGUCUUUAUUUACCAACAAGUGAUAUUGACUUGGUAGUUAUUGGUAGAUGGUCAAAUUUACCAUUACGUACAUUAGAAACUGCAUUACUUGAACAAAAUAUUGCUGAACCAUCAUCAAUUAAAGUAUUGGAUAAAGCAAGUGUACCAAUUGUUAAAUUAACAGAUAAAGAAACUGAAAUUAAAGUUGAUAUUAGUUUUAAUAUGAAUAAUGGUGUUAAAUCAGCUGAAUUAAUUAAAUCAUAUAAACGUAAAUUUCCAGUAUUGGAUAAACUUGUAUUGGUUCUUAAACAAUUUUUAUUACAACGUGAUUUAAAUGAAGUAUUUACUGGUGGUAUAUCAUCAUACAGUUUAAUUCUAAUGACAAUUAGUUUUCUUCAAUUACAUCCAAGACAAGAUGCAUAUUGUUCAAAUACAAAUUUGGGAGUAUUAUUAAUUGAAUUUCUUGAAUUAUAUGGUAGAAAAUUUAAUUAUGUUAAAACUGGUAUUAGAAUAAAAGAUGGUGGUACUUAUAUAUCAAAAGAUGAAAUAUUAAGAGAUAUGAUUGAUGGACAUAGACCAUCAUUAUUAUGUAUUGAAGAUCCAUUAACACCUGGUAAUGAUAUUGGAAGAAGUAGUUAUGGUGCACUUUAUGUUAAAGAUGCAUUUGAUUGGGCAUAUUUUGCACUUUCACGUGCUGUUAAUCCAUUAAAUAAUUUGGCAAAUGAUGCUACUAAAUGUAGUAUACUUGGAAGAAUUAUUCGUGUUACUGAUGAAGUUAUUGAAUAUAGAAAAUGGAUUAAAGAUACAUUUCAAUUACCAUUAGAAAUUGAUUCAUUUUCAAGUUCAACUGGAUCUGAUGCUUCUACAUUAUCAGCACCUGCCAGUGAUACAGAUUCUGAAUGUAGUCGUGGUAAUUCACCAAAUACUGGUGGUAAAGUUGAUGAUAGAAAUAAAGAUAGAAAUUCAUAUAAUAAUCAACAAACAAAUCAACAUUAUCAAUCAAAAAAACCAUACAAACCAAGUGGACAUGGUCAUCCUCAACAUCAUCAUCAUCAUCAUCAUAAUUCUCGUAAUAGUUAUUUACGUGGUAUUAAUAAUAAUCCACUUGGACAAAAUAAAAUUAAAAAUUCACAACAAAAUAAUAUUAAUAGUCCAAGUAACAAUAAUAAUACCAACAAUCAAAGUCCAGGUACACGAAGUCAAGCACAAAAAAGAAAAAAAAGUGUUAAUCAUCGAGUAACUAGUGAUUGUGUACGGUGAUAAAAUAUACAUAAUUAAUAAUCAUGAAAAAAAAAAAAAAAGAAUUAAAAAUAAUAAUCAAACGAAAAACAUAAAAAAAAUAACAAAAAAAAAAAUAUCAUAAAAAAACUAAAAAAGUCUUGAUAAAAGAAAAAAUUUUAAAAAAAAUUUAAUAAUAAUAAUCAGUUCCUUUUUUUUUUUUUUUUUCUUUUCAAUCUUUUGAGUAUAUCUUAGCAAUAAUAAAACACCAGGUAAAGUCUUAUACAUUAAUUACAAAAAGAAAAGAAAUUUUAAUUUGCAUUUCAUUUGAUUGACUCAACUGAAAAAGAAAAAAAAAAAAAUCUUACUAUUGAGGGACGAAAUUUCGAAUAUGUUGAUAAACAAAUGAGUGAUAUUAAUAAUGGUGGAAAAAAAAAAAAUAUUGUUGGUACAUGAGCAUUUUGACGAUAGACAAUUAAAUUAAAUUUUUUUUUU